CCGCAGCAAAAAAAAAAAAAAAGGCUGCCCACUGCUCCGGGUGUGUGUUCACGGUGUGUGUGUGUGUGCACUUGAAUGGGUUAAAUGCAGAUGCAAAUUCCGAGUAUGGGUCACCAUACUUGGCCACAAGUCACUUCACUUCUCUUCACCUCACUAAUGCUCUUGUGGCUAAAUGGGCAAAUCUCCAGAGCCACACUCCAAAAUGUAGUGGAAAGCCUUCUCAGAAGUGUGGAGGUUAUUAUAACAGAUAACAGCAUUUGGAAUGACAUGUUCACAAAGGCACAAAAAGUGGCCAUAGAGUGUAUUUAAUGUACCUUAAUUUGGAAUAUACUGUUAAUAGAUGGUUCAGAUUCGCUGUCACUCCUAUAUUUCAGUACCAAAAUAUUCAUAGUGGCAAAGGGAACACUACUAUUCAUUACUGGAUAUGACGACGCAGUCACUGCAAGAAAGGUCUCAGUUGUUUAACUGGCAAAAUAAAAAUAUGCUGGAUAAAAAUAGGAUAUUACUUUAUAUAAUUUUUUACGUAUAGCCCUGUCCAUCAGCAUCAUGGGUAAUGAUUUACUGUAAUGGAACCUCUGCCUAAAGCACAAUAUCUGCUUAUAGUUUUACUUAUGUAUAGCAAUUAGAAGUCAAAUAUUGGCUUUCACUUUUCACUGGAAUGUGAUUUUGACUAUUUUGAGGGCUGUUAAAUGAGGGGUCAGAAUGUUGCAUAUGUGCCAGGAUCACAGUCCAGAUUCAGACCACAGUCUGGCUAAUCUGAUUGGAGGACAUUUCUGUCCCACUGGUAUUUUUUCAUAUGUCUGUUACUAUUUGUAGAGCAAUGCAGGGGUGAUAUCAGCACCAAUGCACUCCACUUAACCUUACAUGUUUACAACUAUGCCCUGCCCAUUUUAAUAUUGUUUCCAAUACAAAGCACUGAGGGGUAAAAAUGACCUGUCAAAAUGUCUGUCACAGGAAUUGUUUGACCUUCCUACAAUCACGUCAUGUGAACUAAAAAUACACAGUGUAGGACAACAAUGGGAAUAUAAAUAGCCAAUGUAGACAAGCAGGUAACAGUCACACAGAGUGAAAAGCUUUCUCUUUAGUAAUUAUGAUCUCACAGGAUGGAGAGACAUAUAUUAUGAGUCAUAUAGCUGCAUCUACAUGCCUCACAGACACAAAAUGGUGUGCUUUAAACCGUAUAAAGGCUAAAAGUAACAAAGAGAAGAGAAGUAGCAAGCAGCCAGGGAUGGACUUUCUGUGUCCCCCCGUGCUGGUCAACAUGCUCAAUCACCACUGGAGGGACUUACAGGAUGGCUUCUCUGACUCUGCUGAGCUCAAUAAGAUUCUAGUGUUCCAAAGUGAUGAGCUGAGGUGGACUGCACAGAAACGUGGCCUCUGGUCUUUGGAAUACAAGCAGGAGCUGACAAGUCCACUGUGCAUUGCUGCAGCACAGGGUUUUACUGACUGCCUACUGUACCUGCUUGAGCAUGGAGCACAUCCUAAUCUCAGUGCAGGAGGAAAGGCGGCGCUUCAUGAGGCAUGCACAAAUGGCAACACUGAAUGCGCAGAGCUACUCCUAGAGCAUGGAGCCAAUCCCAAUCAGCUGACAGAGGACGGGCUGGCACCUUUACAUAUGUGCAGAACACCCCAAUCACUCCGCUGUGCCAAGGCCCUGGUGCGUCAUGGUGCCAAUGUAGACCUUCCUACUGAGGAAGAAGAGGACACUCCAUUAAUUACGGUUGCGAGGCAUGGCCUGCCACACCAUGCCCAGCUGUUCCUGCGAUACGGUGCAAACAUCAACCACACCAGUAGUUCAGGAGAAACGGCAUUAGGUGCCGCAUGUUUGGAAGCUCAGCAAAAGCAAGGAGAAGAUCAGGCUGAAGGACACUUUCAAGUCUGCAGGCUUCUUUUGAGUUAUGGAGCUAAUGUGAAUCUAGCUGACAACGAACGACGCACUCCUCUUCAUAAGGCAGCCCGCAAUGUCCAGAUCAGUUUGGUGCAGCUUCUUUUGGAUCAUGGGGCAGAUAUAAAUGCCAUUGAUUACAACGGUUGUUCACCAUUGUCGAAUGUGCUACAAAACGCUAUAUUACAUCAGGAAUGGCAGCCAGAAAUUGUGGUUCAGACCCUGUUAAACCAUGGAUCCAUUAAAGUAUGGCCACAGGCAUUACUCAAGGUAUUAACAGCCUGUGCAGCUGCUCCAAAAACUGUGGAGAUUCUGUUCAACUCCUACGCACUUGUUCCUGUAACAUAUAAAUGGGUUGAAGCUAUACCUGAAGACAUUUUCAAACUUCACAGGUCAUUUUAUGACUCUCUUUUUGCUCUGGAAUACAAACCACGCUGCUUGCAGCACCUGUGUAGAUCUGCACUACGAAAGCACUUUGGGAAAUACUGUUACUUACUUAUCCCCCAGCUUCCUGUCCCAAAGAUGCUACAAGACUAUCUCCUUUUGAAACCUGAAGGCUACAUCAACUAGAAGAGUGGAGGUUAACACUGAUCUAAUAAAAAAAAACUCUGAUACUGAAAUUGAUCUGAAAUUUUAUUGUAAAACUCUUAAGCUGCGCCUUUAUUUUAACCUGCUGACUGAGAAUCUAUGCUUGGGAUGAUUAUUUCUCUUUUUGAAUAUGUAUAUAAAAAGUAUAAAGAGUAAUAAAGUUUGUUUCUAUAGUGGAUUUGUGGUGUCAUAUAAUAAUUUGUAUGCAUAAUGCAGUGUUAAUUUUUAAGAUUGAGCUGGAGUGUUGUAAAAUACAUGUCUUUUAGGAGCUACAUAUUGUUUACUGCUAAACAAUAUUUUGAUAAAUAAAACUAUUAGUGAUUUUCCUCUAACACUGUGUGUCAUUUGUAAAAAAAAAAAAGGGCUUAAAGUGGAGGUUACCACUUAAAAUAUCUUAAAGGUGCCAUAAAAUUAAAAUCCGUCAUCUCUGUCUUUUUUUUGUGUGUGUGUGUGUAGGGCACUGAAUGUACUUUUGCAUAUUUAUUUAUUAGGUAUUACAGUCAGCAGUUAUACACCUACAAAAUCGGGUAGGUGUACCAGACAAUAUGGCUAGAUUUUCUGGUGAAA